AUGUCGCCCAACGAGGGUGGGAAUGGAUCCCCAGUGGAUGUGAUUGCCAUCGCAAGUAUGGGUGGGAUGGGUAAGACAACUCUUGCGCGGCUUGUUUACGAAGACAAAAGGAUAACAGAAGAAUUUCAACACAAAGCUUGCGUAUGCAUUUCCGAAGAGUUUGACCCUGUUCAAGCUACAAAAGCGAUUCUUAAAUCACUUGAUGGUAAAAUUGAACUUGAACAAUCAGAUGAUUUAGAUCCACAUCAGCGUCAACUAAAGGACACGUUGAAGGAUAAGAAAUUUUUCUUAGUUCUUGAUGAUAAGUCAUGUGGUCCAGAGAUAUUUAUUGCCUGGAGCCAUUACAAGAUGAAUAUUGUUGGGAGUUAUUUGCAAACCAUGCAUUUAGCGGCCAAUGUGUUGAUUCAGAACUUGAAUCAAUUGGUAGAAACAAUUGUUAGCAAGUGUGGAGGCUUGCCUUUGGCAAUAAAGACAUUGGGAAGUUUGCUGGGCACAAAACCAACUCCACAAUAUUGGGGUGAAAUUUUGAAGAGUGAUAUUUGGUCCUUAUCAGAGGACGAGAGCAAGAUAAUCCCAUCUUUAAGGCUGAGCUAUCAUUAUUUACCUUCUAAUCUCAAGCGUUGCUUUACAUUUUGUUCCAUCUUUCCAAAAGAUUACUUGAUAGAGAAGGAUGUUCUUAUUCAGUUGUGGAUGGCUGAAGGUCUGUUACAUUCUGCUCAAACAAGUAAGAACUUUGAAGAAGUGGGCAACAAAUCUUCAAUGACCUACAAUCCAGCAAAGUCUGUGAUGGGAGAGUUUUGUGUUCAGCUAGAGGUUGGUCGGGUGCAAGAAAUUUCAGCGAAGGCUCGAUACUUUUCAUUUAGACGCAGAGCAACUGAAAAUCUGGAAACUUUUAAGAAUUUCAAAUGCCACCAAUUACGUAGUUUCAUCCUAUUGGAUGGCUACGUAUUUUUUGACGAAAAUGAUAGACUAUCUAGACUUUCUCAUCUCAAUUACAUACGAGAGUUAUCUUUGGCGGGAUGUACAAAUUUCCAAGAGUUGGUAGAUGAUAUUGGCAAUUUAAAGCACUUGCAUUAUCUGGAUCUUUCUGAGACUUCAAUAGAAAAAUUGCCAAAUUCAAUGUGCUUGCUAAUUAAUUUACAAACAUUGAGAUUAAGGGAUUGUCAUUGCUUGGUUGAGUUUUCCAUCAAAUUUUCACAAGCUCAUCAACUUGCGUCAUCUUGA